AUGAAUCUUUUGAAACACAAGAAAUUUACACCUUUUGGAACACACACUUGUUUGGUCCUCAACUUUAUCAAACAUCUUUGUUCUUCAUCAGUUAAGCUUCCUCAUUACAAAAUUUCACAUUCAUUCUAUGAAUCUCUUAUUGAUAAUUCAAUCCAUAUUACACAUCUUUUUCAAAUACAUGGUCACCUAGUUGUUUCUGGAUUGCAAUAUGAUAGGUUUCUCAUGACGAAACUGGUUAAUGGGAGUUCGGAUUUUGGACAUGUUGGUUAUGCACGUAAGUUGUUCGAUGAAUUUCCCGACCCGGAUUUGUUUAUGUGGAAUGCUGUUAUUAGAAGCUAUUCGAGAAAUGGUAUGUGGAGAAAUGUUGUUGAGAUGUUUAGAUGGAUGAGAUGGGUUGGAUUGUGGCCGGAUAGGUUUAGUUUUCCGUGUGUGGUUAAGGCUUGUACCGAGUUGUUGGAUUUUGGUUUGAGUUGUUUGGUUCAUGGGCAGAUAGUUGUUUAUGGAUUUGGGUCGGAUGUGUUUGUGCAGAAUGGGCUUGUGGUGUUGUAUGCUAAAUGUGGUCAGAUUGGUUUGGCGAGAGUGGUGUUUGAUGGGUUAUGUGAUAGAACGAUUGUUUCGUGGACUGCGAUUAUUUCUGGAUAUGCGCAGAAUGGGGAAGCUUGGGAGGCGUUGAGAAUGUUUAAUCAAAUGAGAAAGACUGAUGUGAAACCGGAUUGGAUUUUGCUGGUGAGCGUUAUGAGGGCUUAUACUGAUGUAGAUGAUUUGGAGCAAGGGAGAUCUCUUCAUGGUUGUGUCAUCAAAACGGGCCUUGAAGAUGAGUCGGAUUUGGUUAUCUCACUUACAGCUUUUUAUGCGAAAUGUGGUCAUGUGACAGUUGCGAGAUCUUUCUUUGAUCAAAUGAAGAAUCCUAAUAAUGUGAUGAUGUGGAAUGCGAUGAUAUCUGGUUAUGCGAAGAACGGUCAUGCCGAGGAGGCAGUAGAUCUAUUUCGUGGCAUGAUUUCGAGAAAUGUUCAACCAGAUUCUAUCACUGUUAGAUCUGCAAUUUUAGCUUGUGCACAAGUUGGUUCCCUCAAAUUAGCGCAAUGGAUGGAUGACUAUGUCAGAAAGAGUAAAUACGGAAGCGGAAUUUUCGUUAUCACAACCCUCAUUGAUAUGUAUGCAAAAUGUGGUAGUGUAGAAUCUGCCCGUGCGGUAUUCGACCAUGCUUCUGAUAAAGACGUUGUUAUGUGGAGUGCCAUGAUUAUGGGAUAUGCAUUGCAUGGUCAAGGUUGGGAAGCCAUUUAUCUUUAUCAUGCAAUGAAACGAGAAGGGGUGUGCCCAAAUGAUGUCACCUUUAUUGGCCUUCUCACAGCAUGCAGUCAUUCUGGUCUUGUAAAACAAGGUUGGGAGCUAUUCCAUUGCAUGAGAGACUUCGGAAUUAAGCCUCGUAAUGAACAUUAUUCUUGUGUGGUUGAUCUCUUGGGACGUGCAGGUUAUUUGAAACAGGCUUAUGUUUUUAUCAUGAAAAUGCCGAUUGAACCGAGUGUAAGUGUAUGGGGAGCACUUCUUAGCACGUGUAAGAUUCAUCGUAGCGUAACAUUGGGAGAGUAUGCGGCACAAAAGCUAUUCUCGUUAGAUUCGUAUAAUACAGGGCACUAUGUACAACUAUCUAAUCUCUAUGCUUCCACUCGCAUGUGGGAUCAAGUUGCAUAUGUUCGGGUUCUAAUGAAGGAGAAAGGAUUGACUAAAUACCUUGGUUAUAGUGUUAUUGAAAUCAAUGGGAAGCUACAUACAUUUCAUGCAGGGGACAUGUCGCAUCCACGGGCUAAGGAAAUUUUCGAUGAGCUUCAGAGGCUAGAAAGAAAGUUAAAGGAUGUUGGUUUUGUUCCACAUACAGAAUCUGUUUUGCAUGAUCUGAAUCAUGAAGAAAAGGAGGAGAAUCUGUGUAUUCAUAGCGAGAGAAUCGCGGUUGCUUAUGGGCUUAUUAGUACUGCUCCUGGAACUACUCUUAGAAUAACGAAGAAUCUUCGAGCAUGUGUAAACUGUCAUUCAGCGAUAAAGCUUAUAUCAAAGCUUGUUGAAAGGGAGAUAGUUGUAAGGGAUGCAAAUCGGUUUCAUCAUUUUAAAGAUGGUUUGUGUUCUUGUGGGGAUUAUUGGUGA